AUGAAAGAUUAUGAUGAACUUCUCAAAUAUUAUGAAUUAUAUGAAACUAUUGGCACAGGUGGCUUUGCGAAAGUCAAACUUGCCUGCCAUAUCCUCACUGGAGAAAUGGUAGCUAUAAAAAUCAUGGAUAAAAAUGCCCUAGGGAGUGAUUUGCCCCGAAUCAAAACAGAGAUUGAUGCCUUGAAGAACCUCAGACACCAGCAUAUAUGCCAACUGUACCAGGUGCUGGAGACAGCCAGCACCAUAUUCCUGGUUCUUGAGUACUGCCCCGGCGGGGAGCUGUUCGACCACAUCAUCUCUCAGGACCGCCUGUCGGAGGAGGAGGCGCGGGUGGUGUUCCGGCAGAUCGUGUCCGCCGUCGCUUACGUGCACAGCCAGGGCUACGCUCACAGGGACCUCAAGCCGGAAAAUUUGCUGUUUGAUGAAUGUCAUAAAUUAAAGCUGAUUGACUUUGGUCUCUGUGCGAAACCCAAGGGUAACAAGGAUUACCAACUGCAGACGUGCUGUGGAAGUCUUGCUUAUGCAGCCCCUGAAUUAAUACAAGGCAAAUCAUAUCUUGGAUCAGAGGCAGAUGUCUGGAGCAUGGGCAUCCUCUUAUAUGUGCUCAUGUGUGGCUUCCUACCAUUUGAUGAUGAUAAUGUCAUGGCUUUGUAUAAGAAGAUUAUGAGAGGAAAGUACGAGGUUCCUAAAUGGCUCUCUCCCAGUAGUAUUCUGCUUCUUCAACAAAUGCUACAGGUGGACCCAAAGAAACGAAUUUCCAUGAGGAAUCUGUUGAGCCAUCCCUGGAUCAUGCAAGAUUACAAUUGCCCCGUGGAAUGGCAAAGCAAGAAUACCCUUAUUCACCUUGAUGAAGACUGCAUAACGGAACUUUCUGUACAUCACAGAAACACCAGGCAGAUGAUGGAGGGUUUAGUUUCACUGUGGCAGUAUGAUCACCUCACAGCUACUUACCUUCUGCUGCUAGCCAAGAAGGCUCGUGGGAAGCCGGUUCGCUUGAGGCGUCCUUCUUUUUCCUGUGAACAGUCCAGCACCACCCCAUCCACGGGCAUCCGAUCGAAGAAUCUGAGUCUGGAAGAUAUGAGCACUAGUGAUGAGAAUCGCGUGAGUGGUUUGAUCGACUCUGAGUGGUGCGAAGACGGUUCGUCAGCAGGUGUGGCUACUCCUCAGACCCCACAGUUUGCCAAGCAUUGGACAGAAUCAAAUGGUGUGGAAUCUAAAUCAUUAACUCCAGUAUUAUGCAGAGCAUCUGCCAAUAAAGUAAAGAACAAAGAGAAUGUUUACACUCCUAAGUCUGCUGUAAAGGAUGAUGAGUGCUUUAUAUUUCCUGAGCCAAAGACUCCAGUUAAUAAGAGCCAACACAGAAGAGAAAUACUCACUACACCAAAUCGAUACACUACACCCUCAAAAGCUAGAAACCAGUGCCUGAAAGAACCCCCAGCUAAAACGCCACUCGAUUCAGGAGCGGAGAAGUUAAUAACUGGAGUCAUUAGCCCGGAGAGGCGGUGCCGUUCAGUGGAACUGGAUCUCAACCAGAUACACAUAGAGGACACUCCAAAAAGAAAAGGAGCCAAAGUGUUCGGGAGCCUGGAGAGAGGAUUGGAUAAGGUCAUCACCGUGCUUACCAGGAGCAAAAAGAAGGGCACCACCAAAGAUGGACUGAGACGCCGCAAGCUCCAUUACAACGUGACUACCACCAAAUUAGUGAAUCCAGACCAACUCUUGAAUGAAAUAAUGUCUGUUCUUCCAAAGAAGCAUGUUGACUUUGUACAAAAAGGCUAUACACUGAAGUGUCAAACACAGUCAGAUUUUGGCAAAGUGACAAUGCAGUUUGAACUAGAAGUGUGCCAGCUUCAAAAACUCGAUGUGGUGGGUAUCAGGAGGCAGAGGCUUAAGGGUGAUGCCUGGGUUUACAAGAGAUUAGUGGAAGACAUCCUAUCUAGCUGCAAGGUAUAA